UAGCUUUUGCCUCCCAAAAAUAUCGACUUAUCCAAACCAUCCACCUCUCACUCGCAAGAGCCUCGAAGAAAACACUCUUUCAAACCUCCAUAAAAUCCGAACACCAAACUCGGCUGAACCUGAUUUGCUGUCUUCUCAUGGCUCUGCUUCGCCUUCCCCACCAAUCUUCUCUCGUCUCUCCCCAACCUAAACUGAUUUCUCAGUCCAACUUUACCUCAAUCAAAAACGUCUCUUUAACCUGUCUACUCCCUCCAUUUUCUCCUCUCACUAAUACCCUUCCCUUGAUAGCUAGAAGAUUUAGCGGCAAUUUCAUCCUCCAUUUUUCUGCCACCACCCAAGUCCCAGCUCUAAAAGUAAACGAACAAGAACAACAAGAAGAAGAGUUCUCAAAAACUAGAUUGAUUGCCCAGAACGUGCCUUGGACUUGUACCACGGAAGACAUUCGUUCUUUGUUCGAAAAAUACGGCACAGUCGUGGAUGUUGAGCUUUCUAUGCAUAACAAGACCAGAAAUAGGGGUUUGGCAUUUGUAUCUAUGGCUUCGCCUGAAGAGGCACUUGCGGCUCUCAACAAUCUCGAAUCAUAUGAAUUUGAGGGUCGUACUUUAAGGCUCAAUUAUGCUAAACCUAAGAAGAAGAGACCUGCUCCACCUGAGAAGCCGAAGCCGGUGCCAGCAUUUAACUUGUUUGUGGCAAAUCUUUCAUAUGAAGCAAGAGCUAAACAUCUUAAAGAGUUUUUUAGUUCUGAGGGUGCUAAUGUUGUUUCUGCUGAAGUUAUAUUUCACGAAAAUCCAAGAAAGUCAUCCGGGUAUGGCUUUGUCUCAUUCAAAUCCAAGAAAGAGGCUGAUGCAGCGAUGUCUGCUUUCCAAGGGAAGAUGUUUAUGGGAAGACCAAUUCGGGUGGCACGUGGUAGACAAUUUGUGAAAGUUCAAUCAGAUGACAGUUCACAGCCUGAUGAUAAAUCAAAUGAGCUGAACUCUGAUUUGGAACAAGUGGACACUAAGUUAAAUUGAUUAUAUACAGAGCAAUGGGAUUGCAUCAUUUGUAUGUAAGGUUCUUAAAAAAGGAAUAUAGCUGUACAUUAGUACGUGAAUGUUUCAGUCCUUUGAGCUCUGUGUUAAUUUUUGGGGGUCCUUUGAGCUCUGUUCAUGCAAAACAAGUACUAUUUGGGGGAUUGGCUCUUUUAUAGGCUCAAUCAAUCCUAAUCCUUUCUAUUCUCAUAUAACAACUGCUGUUACAUAGAUUCACCGUGAGCCUGUUUAGGCCUUACUAAGAAAUCUUAGGAUUUAACAAUGGAUUCAAAAAUGCAGUGAAAUUAAGUGCAAGGACUGCCUGGGCCUUCCAAGAAAUCUUUCCACUGGUAUGCUUUAUGUACUUUGGGUUAAAACAGUGCGGGCAACUGCCGUAUCUUUGUGUUCAUAUUGUAAAGGGAACCCAGGCUGUCAAGGCCGAUAUCACUCCUAACAGAUUGCAAGUUUAGGAUUCAUGUCAAGGCACAAGGCUUAAAUUAUGUAAGUACAUUGUUAACUGUGAAUAUAUCUACAUCAAUGAAAAGAGAAUGGUGUCCAAACCUAGUUUUGUCUAUUACAUACUUUUUUUUGUUGCAAGGCUGAAACUUAAAGGAAUUGACGGAAGGGCACCACCAGGAGUGGAGCCUGCGGCUUAAUUUGACUCAACACGGGGAAACUUACCAGGUCCAGACAUAGUAAGGAUUGACAGACUGAGA